AUUUAAAACUUUCCGUCGAAAAUUUUGAUUUAAACCUAAUUUAACCCGAGUGUCUCCACCUUCAUUCACACUCCACACAAGCUUCUUCCUCUCUCUGUCGCACUAACAGCUUCUUCUCUCCGUCGCAUGAGCUUUUUCCGCCGUUUGCGUCGCACGAGCUUCUCCGCCGCUGCUAUCGUCGCAUCUGCUCCCUUCAUUGCCGUCGUCACAGAACUCUCUACGCCUUCGCUCUUGUCGCAUUUACUCCCUUAGUGAAUUUCAGGUUUAUCAAUUAUUUUAUUAUCAGCGAAGAAAGAGAUUUUUGGUCGGUCAUUUCUGUAGCGAUUCGUGAAACUCGGUGGAAACUCGGUGGUUGUUGUUGAAUGGCGAAGCUUGGAAUGAUAGUUGACUCCGUUGGUAACUUCUUCUCCGGCAGAGACCAGCUUCCCUAGUGUGACCCUGACAUCGUCGCUCAGCAGCGGCCAUCACUUUUGGCUUCAAGAAUUUGAUGGAAACUUUCACUGUUGAUGUGUACAGAGCAGAGAACAGGCCACUGAACGUGCCCUUGAUUGCACCUUUUACCAUUGCAUCAUCAAGGUUGGAGAUGGUAGAGAACGUGGCCGUUAGAAUUGAGCUCAGCAAUGGCUCUGUGGGUUGGGGUGAGGCACCAAUUCUGCCUUUUGUUACUGCUGAGGACCAGAAAACUGCCAUGGCCAAGGCUUCUGAGGCAUGUGCCUUUCUCAGGAGAUGUCCUUCACUGACACUGGGUUCCAUGUUGGAGGACAUUGGCAAUUCUGAUGAGUUCUUCAAGGUGGCUGCACCUCUGGAGACAUUGGGGAGGGCUGCAGCUGAACUAAGAAUCAUGAAAAGAACUCGCAUUGGUAUGGAUUUGCAAUUUGAUAUGGUGGAGGUUGAUGCUUUUGUCAAACAGCCAGAUGGUUUACUCUUUAGUUGGUAUGAAUGUUUUCAGUGCUACUGCCGCUUAAUGCACGGUAUUGUCAGAGAAUUUAGUAGUGCUCCCUGCUUUCUUCAUUGCGGUCAUACUAUGGGCUAUUAUGUUUUCUCAGUUCUGGAAACGGAAAAAUGCUUCACUUUUAGCCAGGUGGCCUAUUACCUAUGGAAAUGCAGUUGAUGAAGAAUACAAGGUUGUUGGCAUGAAGGGUAAUGCUCAACCCGGAUAGAACCCAAUGGACCUCAUAAAAUUACUCGAGGCUCAUAGAGUGAAGCGAAAGAAAGUGUUCACGAAAUAUGAGUGGUUUAAUCAUCUCUUGCGAAUCAGGAACGAUGCACUCAUUAUCAUCAGCAUAAUAUGCCUCCAGUUACCAUUUGAGUUGGCAUAUGCUCAUCUUUAUGAAGUUCUUAAUAAAGAUAUAAUUAAGUGGGGAUUUAAAUUCCACGUGUGAUGUAGAGAAGCCCCAACCAUUCCAAAAUAUAUGUUAUAUGUGCCCCCCUGAGAUGUGGCCAAACAUUUUCAAGAAAGCCAAAGAAGGAGGGCUAAAUGUGAUUCAGACUUAUGUCUUUUGGAAUAUUCAUGAACUAGUACAAGGCCAAGCAAUCAUGUCUAAAGUGUUUUAGUACCAAGUUUGUGUAAGAUCAUUUAUUCUUUUAAGUAGGCUAAUUAAUGCUAAUAGAUUAGUGUUUCUUAUCCUAUUGCAGUUCAAUUUUGAAGGAGACUAUGAUUAGUUUAAGGAGCUUGCGCAUUCCCACCUGCAUUCGCUAUGUCUGCUCUGAACAACAUUAUGGAAAUCAGGAUAGAUGCUUUGAAGCUACUAGCAAUGAUGAAGUGGCAUGUCCCGAUUCAAUUUGAGACAAUAAUCACUUCCGUCAUUUCAAAGAUCGAACGCAGACAUGGUAAUCCUUUUGUUUCC